AUGUCCGAGAUCACGACGACGAUUGGUACGACGCCCACGGGGCUCACCCCGGAGAAGAAAGCAGCGAUUCCCGUGACCGACAAGUCCGACAGCGCCGUCACUUGGAAGUCCAUGAGCAUCCGGCAGAAAUGGUCCUUCCUGACCAGCAACAUCACCGUCGAGCCGAUGGUCGCGUGCUACGUGAUCCCCAGCGUGCUCUCGCAGCUGGCCAUGCAGAAUCUCAUCCUCGAGAAGGCGUGCCGGGUGAACCUGGCCUACCCGGACGAGGUCUGCACAGCUCUGUCCGCCAGGAACACCACCGGCUACGAGGCCGAGGAGACCGCGGUUCAGCAGAUGGUGGCGCGGAUGCAGACUUGGAAGACGCCGCUGCAGAGCGCCAUACCGGCCCUCCUGAUCCUGUUCAUGGGCGCGUGGAGCGAUCGCACCGGUCUGAGGAAGCCCUGCAUGCUCUUGCCGAUCAUCGGCGAGUUCUUCAGCAGCGUCACCCUCAUCGCCUGCACCUACUGGUUCUACGAGCUGCCCAUGGAGGUGGUCGUGCUGGAAUCGGUGCUGCCCGCGUUAACCGGCGGCUGGUUCACCAUGUUCAUGGGUAUCUUCAGCUACAUAGCGGACAUCACGACCGUGGAGUCGAGAACGCUUAGGAUCGGCGCGGCCAACGUCUUCCUAUCCUUGGGCGUACCGAUCGGCAUGGCACUGUCGGGGAUACUGUACACGAAGCUGGGUUUCUACGGUGUCUUCAGCAUCGCGAUGGUGUGUUACGUAAUGAGCUUUGUGUACGGCCUAGUGGUUAUCAAAGAACCGCCGAGGGCGUUCACGGAGCGCUCGCGGAAAAAAUCUCUCCAGAGCGAGGGUAAAAAGCGGACCUCGUUGUGCGCCUUUGUUCUGGACUUCUUCUCGUUGAAGCACGUCGAGGAGACGUUUCGCGUGUCGUUCAAGAAAGGGGCGAACAAUCGUCAGAAAAGGGUCAUCGUGCUCAUGGUCAUUACUAUGGUCGUCAUCGGACCCCUUUACGGCGAAAUGGCGGUUCUCUAUCUUUAUAUGCGGUACCGAUACAACUGGAACGAAGUGACGUUCAGCAUGUUCUCCACGUUUGGCAUGGUAACUAAUCUGAUCGGUACCGCGAUCUCCGUCGGUAUCUUCAGUCACAUUCUCAAGAUAGACGACGCGAUCGUGGGUAUCAUGAGCUGUACGAGUAAAAUUUUAGCAAGUUUCGUUUACGCGUUCGCCACGUCCACUUGGAUGGUCUACGUAGCCGCUAUCGUGGAGAUAGUCAACGGCACGUCUUUCAUCGCCAUGCGGUCGAUAGCUUCGAAGCUCGUGCCCACGGACGAGCUCGGUAAGGUAAAUUCGCUGUUUGGCGUGUGCGAGUCCCUGAUGCCGCUUGUUUACGGGCCAAUGUACAGCGCCAUUUACGCGGCGACCAUGAAAGCGUUUCCGGGGACGUUCUUCAUCGCCGGAGGAUGCAUGACAAUGCCCGCGGUGUUUGCAUUCUUCUGGUUGUACACGGAGCACCGAAAGGAUCGCAUCCUGAAGGAGCAGAAGGAACCCGAAGCUAUGAUGAAUCAUAAGAACGAGGAGGCGACAGAUUAUAAUUUGAAGGCAUCGAACCCUCGGAUCAUGGACGCACAGAAGAGCGCGCAGAAGGCCGAGAUGAUGAACGGCAUAGAUAACGCGGCCUUCGAAUCUGAGCAGUUGUGAUCUCACGAUUUACGUGAUCCUUUUUUUUAAUACGGAGACGUACGAUACAUCAAUAAUACCUCAUCAGAAAAAGAGAAGGGUCCAAAAGGGAUACCUUAGGGCCUGAAUGCUGGUCACGUUGCUGGUAAAGGUUGCUAGCGAAUUUGCUUUACGAGGGGGAUACCAAAGGCAUUUUAUUAGGAAAUACCGAUCGAACGGUAUGUCGAAAUUCAAGGUUUACGAAGAUUCCGGUGAACCAUCUCUUUCACCACAUUUCAAGAAAGUUGAAUUUGAGACUUUCGAUAUUUAGUCAAGAUGAGACAAUACGAUAGUAAUUUAAAUUAUUAGAGAUAACGCGGAGAACGGUUCUCCAAAAUGAAGUCUAACCGGAACUCUUGUUCCGGAGUUUUUAGUACAUGAGAAUGAAUUAGGUUUCUGAAUUACGGCAUUUCUCAAAUCCUACGCAACUGCUAACUGUUAUCACCUUCAUACUGCAUCAAGGUGUAAAUAAAGCACUUUAUUGAGACUUCCUCUUUGCCAUCCAUGACUUCACUUACUGCAGCUUGUAGAUCUUAUUUCAAGUAUUCUCAAGAGGUAAAGAUACUCCGAAUGAAGGAUAACUACCAGUUUAUUUCUAAUUUAACGUUUUUAGUGGAAAAUAGUACCCUAACAAGAGUUAAAAGGGAUUAUUUCUUUUUAAGAUUUGACGACAUAUAACUAAUGCAGUCAUCUCAGAAAGGAUAUUAUUCUUUGUUUUUCAGUAAAUACGAAAACACUGGUCUGCUACAUAAAUACCGUACAAUAAAGAUCCAUUUUCAAUGUCUUUGGAAUAAAAUCCUUCCUAUAAGAUGAAUCAUUUAGUUAUAUGUAAUAUAUGUUAUAUAUAUAUGUAAUAUAUUAUACAUAUAAUUUGUUGUAAUUUCUUGCAAAUCUCUCACUGUUUUUAAUUUAGUACGUUUAAAAGCGACAAAUCAUUUACACGCGACAAAAGCAUCGUAUUUUAACAAAGUGUUAAACACAAUAUACAAAUUUUUAUUUAAUGAUCUAUAUAUAUAUAUCCUUUACUUCGGGUACAUUAGUACAAACUGUACUUAAACAGAUUAUGACGACAGCGUGAAAGGAAUAUGCGCAUCACAUAUAUUAUUAUUGGCUCGGUUUCCUAUUUUCUCUCUUUCUCUCUCUCUCUCUCUCUCUCUCUCUCUUUCUCUCUU